GACGUGCUGCUCCUAGCGUCCGCACCUUGAAAGCACAGCAGUCACCUUCCAACCUCUGCGACUCUCCCCUCCUCUCCUUUUCUAUCUUCUCCUUUCUCAGUCGCAGUUAUUCUGCGGGUCGGAGGGGACGGCUGUCUCUGCACAGAUUACACCAUUUUAAUGAGUUCCCUUCCCUCCACCCUCAAUACUCAGAGACAGGAGCUUUUUGUAUUUCGCCUAUUUGCUCCACAGUAAACCCGCGGCUGAUCGCUUUACCAAGCCACGGAGGGCUGCCUCGGCGUCCUGGUGAUGAGGCAAGUGGCGCACAGCCGACACAGCUUUGAAGGAAACCCGUUGGGUCUGGAGAAACCGCCCCAAUAAGGGACGACAAAAGACGGGAAGAGCUGCCGGAACUACUGUACGUUGGGACGCUAUCAUUUCUCCGACAAUGCAUCUCUUCAGUGCCAUGUUUCUACUUGUGAUGUUAGCUGGCAUGCCCAGCGAGGCUCUUUACCCCAGCCUAGAGGAAGGCUGGCAGAUCUACAGCUCAGCACAGGACGCAGAUGGGAAGUGUAUCUGCACCGUUGUCGCACCAGCCCAGAACAUGUGUAACCGCGACCCACGCAGCCGGCAGCUCCGCCAGCUCAUGGAGAAGGUUCAGAAUAUUAGCCAGUCAAUGGAGGUGCUAGAUCUGAGAACCUUCCGAGAUCUCCAGUAUGUAAAGAACACUGAGGGUCUAAUGAAAGUCGUCGAUGGAAAGCUGAAGGUGGCCUCUGAAAAUCCCCGGAGCCUCAAUCCAAAGGGCUUUCAGGAGGUAAAAGACAAGGUAAACCAACUGCUCCCCCUGCUGCCAGUGUUGGAACAGUACAAGGCAGAUGCUAAGAUGAUCCUGCGUCUCCGAGAGGAGGUGAGAAACCUUUCCUUGGUGCUUAUGGCCAUCCAGGAGGAGAUGGGAGCCUACGACUAUGAGGAGCUGAGACAGAGAGUCCUGCUACUGGAGACCAGACUACACUCUUGCAUGCAGAAACUAGGUUGUGGAAAGCUCACCGGUGUCAGCAAUCCAAUCACAGUGCGUGCAUCUGGAUCAAGAUUCGGCUCCUGGAUGACAGACACCAUGAUACCCAGUUCAGACAACAGAGUGUGGUCCAUGGAUGGAUACUUCAAGGGAAGGCGUGUCCUAGAAUACCGCACAAUGAGCGAUUUCAUGAAGGGGCAAAACUUUGUUCAGCACCUGCUGCCGCAUCCUUGGGCCGGCACUGGCCAUGUGGUCUAUAACGGCUCGCUGUACUACAACAAAUACCAGAGCAACAUCAUCAUCAAAUACCAUUUCCGGUCUCGAAGCGUGCUGGUGCAACGUAGCCUCAGCGGAGCUGGCUAUAACAACACCUUCCCAUACUCCUGGGGUGGCUCCUCUGAUAUUGACCUCAUGGCGGAUGAGAAUGGUCUCUGGGCUGUUUACACCACCAUAAACAAUGCUGGGAACAUUGUCAUCAGCCGCCUGGAGCCCCAGAGUCUAGAGAUUCUUCAAACCUGGGACACAGGCUUCCCAAAACGCAGUGCUGGAGAGUCUUUUAUGAUCUGUGGCACACUCUACGUCACAAACUCUCACCUCGCUGGUGCCAAGAUCUACUUUGCCUACUAUACCAACACAUCAAGUUAUGAGUACACAGAUAUCCCCUUCCACAAUCAGUAUUCCCACAUCUCCAUGAUGGACUAUAACCCCAGAGAGAGGGUCUUGUACACCUGGAACAAUGGACACCAGGUCCUCUAUAACGUCACACUUUUCCAGGUCAUUAAGACUUCUGGAGACUGAGGGCUCAAAGAAAAGACCCACUCAAAAAAUGCUGUGAUCAUUGUUCUAAAAGGACAAAGGAGCAGGGUAGAGAUGGGUACUGUCUGAAGAAGGGGGUUUGGGGGAUAAGGUUUUAAUCUGUGGGUACAGGCUUGGGUGUUUUUUUAAGAAUUUCAAUCUUCAUAGAGUGCUAUUAUUCACAUUCUCCAAAAAAAAAUGUCCAACAAAAGGUUCGUAAAGACCUAAAGACUGAGCGGCUUUCUGUUUUUCUUUAUGUGAUGAGUAAGCAUGGUUCUUUUUAUCUGUGAUGACAAAUAAACAUCCACUUUAACAUUAAUGAC